GAGAUAAUUGCACAACUUCGAAGAUAUAACUCGAAGAACGUCUUCCAGAUCAGAGAUCCAUCAUAGCGACCGUUUACUGUGAAUCAACCGCGUGCUCCGUGUUCUAUGCUAAUUACAAUUGAAAUCGAGAGUUGACUACAACAAAUUCAAAUUUGUCGAAAUUGUCAUUUGAUUCUUUUUUUUGCUGUAAUCAGUUUGAAACUAACAACAAAUCGAAGUGAAUGUAGUGAAAAAUCCGGUCGGAAAACAAAGUUUGUUGUGAUUGCAUUUAUUUGAGUGAAAUAUUUGAGAAAUUUUCGCCUAAAUAUGGGAACAAUGGAGAAAAUUCGCUAUCGGUUUUUUACAGUUUUUCUAUUGACCUUAGCUGUGUUGCUGAAUACAUGCCAGUCUCAACAGAAUACUCUUUUCAAUCAAUCACCAUUCCAACGACAGACACCUAAUUUCCAGCGUCAACAGUUGCGGCAACGUCAACAAUUACAACUGCAGCAACCGCAACAACAAUCACCGUUCCCCGUAAAUCCCCUGGCACCGGGUAUUAAUCCCCUGCAGCCUAUAUCACCACUCUUACCACAGAGCAUCUAUCGAAAUUACAAUCAGAAUUUUGUACCCAUAACGGCAUAUCAAAACGAACUGAACUACGAUGGCAGCUUUCAAUAUGGUUAUGCGGCUGGCGAUGGAACAACUGCUCAAGCUCAGGGUUAUGUAAAGAAUUUAGGACUGGGUGAAGCCGUGGAGGCACAAGUUGUUCAAGGUUCUUAUUCCUAUACUUCACCCGAGGGAACCCCGAUAACAGUGCGUUAUAUUGCCGAUGAAAAUGGUUUCCGGGCCGAAGGUGCCCACAUACCCACGCCACCACCCAUACCCGAUGCCAUUGCAAAGUCUCUACAGUUCAUUGCUAGCUCUCAACCCUAUCAAGAUGGCAUUAGUCCAAACCUGAAUCCAUAUCAAACACCCUAUAGACAAUUCUCCAAUGUAUUGAGACCGGGCCAAACACAGCUGACACCAUUGCAAUUGCAACAACAGCAACGUUUCCUGCAGCAACAACAAAACUCCGGACAAUAUCAACAAGACUCUCAGUUUGGUUAUCCUCAAACAUCGCUGCAAUCGGGCUCCAAUCAAUUUCAGUCUACACCCCAGGCAGGUUCACAAGGCAACUUUUUGCAGCAACAAAAUCUACAGCAACAACAACAGCAGCAACAUUUAAACAAGCAACAACAACAGGGCGAUCAACAGCAACAACAGCAGCAGCAAUUGACUACACAGGAACUGAGAGCGAGACCUAACCAGCUUGUAAAUCCUUUCGGAUACAAUAACCCUUAUCGGAGAUUUAAGAAAUCCGCCACGAAAUCAUCGACGAAACAGGAUUGAAGACGACUGCACCACGAAUCAAGCGAAUGAAACUGACCUUGUAUCUAUUUGUGUAUCUGUAUGUUAAUGUCUGUUAAAAUGUUUGUGCAACAACAACAAAAAUAAACGGUUGUUGU